AUGUCGACCCAGUACGAUGUCGAUAUCCCUUUCUCUGCGAACCACAACCAGCAAGCGUUCAAGCUUCUGGAACUUCCACCAGAGGUCCUAGCUCUCCUUGAGUCGGACAAACCUCCAGCGUUUGACCCCGUUCUAUUAAUUACCAUAACAUCCUCCCCUGCGACUGCUACUACCCCCGGGUACGCGAUUCUCUGCUCCGGGGACAAGAAAUACCAGAUGCGGCAGAAGAACACGUCGAAUCCAAUUAUGAUACUGCAGCCUUCGAGUACGUUCCCGACCGAAGCGGACGAUGCUGCGAGUUUUAUCCCGGUACCAUCAAUUACAGCGAUUGCUAAGAUCGAAGAUACAAUCGAGUUAAUCGUUCAGGAGGCAGAAGCGAAAGCACCUCCCAAAGUCAACAAGUGGCAUGAGAAGUUUGCUAAGAGUCGACUGGAGAAGAAGGGUUGA